AUGGACGAGGCCAAAAUACAAGAAGAAGACACUCUCUAUGAACUCUCUAUAUGCAUAUCACCUUGCAUCACGGCAAAAACAAAAGGAUUGACUGACUAUGCCCUUCGCUAUCAUCUACAUUCCUUGAUUCGCAAAGUCGGUGUCCUAUGCAAAGUGUUCGAUGGAGUUCGAUUCUCCAGAGACGACCAUGAGCUGAGUGGUCAGGAUCAGUUCUGCCUCAAAUUCAUCACUCUGGCACCCGUCCUUACCAUGAUUGCUUUGAACGACAUGAAGAAGCUGGUCUGUUGCACCGCGAUCAAUACUGUGCAGGUUCCUCAGUUUACAGCAAAAUGGAGACCUACGACUGUGACCACCUCUGAAGCGAUCAACUACGGUGUCCUGGUGUCCUGGGCCAUUUAG